UUUAAUGGAAGUUAUCCCUAGAGUUAAUGAAGCCAGAAGGACGAAGGUGAAGUACUUAUUAUAACAGUAAUGAUUAUUUACUAUUCAUUGAUUAAUUACUAAUAUUUGUUUAGAAAUGAGAUUGAGUGUUUAUAAGUACAAAAAUUCAAUGUGUUUAUGUAUAAAUCACCGAGUAGCAAUCGAUGUAAUGUUUUGUCUAGUCGUAAUUAUCAAUAUAAUCCUUUUAAUCAAAUUUAGGUGACUGAAUAUCGCACUAUCUGUUUGGAAGUAAAAUGAUUAGAGGCGAGUAACCAGGGCAUUGAUCUAAUUUUCUUACUGGUAGGUGCUCAUGAUUCACCUGUGCUUCAAGCCAAUAAUUCCUAACUCCGAGCUCGAUAGCAGUGGGUGGGACUGCUUUUCAUUGUCUUCUGUCGGCUAACUAGAGAUUGGAGUACAAGCCUUUCAAAACGAUUGGUAGAAAGAAACUGAAAACAUUAAAAAUUAUUCAAAUACGUUCAUUUAUACACAAGUUUAAUUGAAUUGAUUACUAGUUAAAGAAUUUGUCAAACUUAACAAAUAUCAGUUGGAUAUUAAACUGAGUAAAUGUCAACUUGACGAAAAAUAACACCAGGUCAAUUAACGCAAUAGAAGUGUUUUGAAAGUCAAUUGAACGAAAAUCACUUUUGCAUCAAUGACCCAUCAGAAAGGUGUACCUGGAAUCCUCAGUAACUGGUACUCCUUGUGCAAUAUGAACCAGCAUCAUUGUAUUUAUUUUUAUUUAUUUAGACACGAAAACAUUGGCACAAGGAGACAUCAAAUAUGUGUGCGUCACACUUCGCCAUUCAAUUUGUGUAAGGGCUGGAAUACCGCACGGAUACCCAGAUUAAAGUAGCUGGUUCUCUUAAUAGGCCACUCCCCGAACUUUUGACCUAGAAGUCUAAUCCACAAGGCAGUGGAGGAACGUAUGGAGACACAGUCCCAUGAUGACUGGUGACCAACGAUAGGUUCAUACCUACCAGCCCGGUUAAAGUGCCGGACAUUCGCUUUUUGUCCUAUCGAUUUAGUAAAAAAACACCCCACCACGAGAAGGCAGUGAGUAGGACUUCCCUGUUAGUGGCUGUAUGCGUAUGGUCAUGUGGGACGAUUUCGAGAGAGAAAGCGAGCUCUCCCCACCCUUUACCAUAUGAGGGCAUUUGGGGGCAUUUAUUACGUAUUACCACUAAGAUUAUUAAGCUACACCUGACCUCACCAUCUUGCACCAAAAUGUAUUGGCUGUGGUGCCGAGAUAGUUAUACUAAUGAUCAUAUUGCAUGUAAUUCUGUGUAUUAUUAGAUCAACACUAAGAACAUUCUACUAAUUACCAUUCGGUGUCCCAAUUUAGUCACUUGUUGCUAUUAAUCAAUCAUAGUUAACACUCAAGAAUUGAUGCGGUUUUCCUCUAAUAUUUAAUUUCACGUGAAUUUGGGCUUACUAUUAAUUUGGAUCUACUAUACAUUUCGUUAAAGUAAUUUAUUUUGGACUUCAAAAUGUUUAAUUGAGUGGUAAAGGUUUUAUCUUUCCAAUUAUUGUUUCCUUUAUUACCGUCACAAUUUGAGCUUUCUGAAAACCUAAGAUCGUGUAGACAAUCUUGUUCUCUACAUCACCGAGCGUAAACUCGUGUUUUAGAUGUCUGCAAAGUCAUAUCACAACAAUUUGUCGGGACUUAUUUUUUAGACUUCUGAUGUACUACCGUUAGUUCAGGAACGCGACGUUUUAUUGUUGGUUGAAUUAGUCACCUGAAAUCUAAAUGCUACAAUCUAUUUAGGAAACGUGUGGAAAACCGACUACAAAAGGACGAUGGAUGUGGCUUUACUAUCGAGACCUAAACCUUCAGAACAGGAGUUUAAACGUUUUGAACGACCUUUGCCAACUAGAGAUGAACACCUUAAACGAAUGGCAUCAGGUGAACUUUUCGAUGUCUUAGUAAUUGGUGGUGGGGCAACUGGUGCUGGUGUUGCGUUAGAUGCUGCAUCUAGAGGUUUAUCAACAUGCCUUAUUGAAAGAUUAGAUUUUGCUUCGGGUACCUCUUCUCGUUCAACCAAACUUAUUCAUGGUGGUGUUCGAUACCUACAAAAGGCUAUAUUUAAUUUAGACAUUGAACAGUUUCGUAUGGUUAAUGAGGCACUUAGUGAACGUUCUAAUCUAAUCGAUAUAGCUCCACAUUUAGCCUAUCCAUUACCAAUCAUGUUGCCCAUAUAUAAAUGGUGGCAAGUUCCGUAUUAUUGGGCUGGUAUUAAAAUGUAUGACUUAAUAUCUGGUGCUCAAAUAUUGAAAGCUAGUUAUUAUCUUAAUAAAUCACAGGCAUUAGAACGAUUUCCUUUAUUAAAACGUGAUAAACUAGUCGGUGGAUUAGUAUAUUAUGAUGGUCAACAAGAGGAUGCUCGUAUGUGCUUAAGUAUUGCAUUAACUGCGGCUCGUUAUGAUGCUGCGAUUGCUAAUUAUGUUGAAGCUGUUGAAAUAAUUAAACAACCAUCUCGAACUAAAUCAAUUUCUUUGAAAUCAACAUUGGAAACAACAUCUGAACCAGUACCUACAGUAUCCGGUGCACGUGUUCGAGAUAGAUUAACUGGUAAAGAAUUCACAAUCAAUGCUCGUUGUGUGAUUAAUGCAACUGGACCAUUUACAGAUAGUAUACGACAAAUGGAUAAUAAAGAACAACCUACUAUUUGUCAACCUAGCUUAGGUGUUCAUAUUAUUCUUCCUGGUUAUUAUAGCCCUACUAAGAUGGGUCUACUAGAUCCACACACGAGUGAUGGUCGUGUGAUCUUCUUUUUACCAUGGAUGAAUUAUUCAUUAGCUGGCACUACAGAUACUGAAUGCAGUCUUACUGAUCAACCUUCGCCUUCUGAAGCUGAAGUGAACUUUAUCUUGGAAGAAAUUAGUAAUUAUCUUUCUCCGGAAAUCCAAGUUCGUCGUGGUGAUGUACUGUCAUCUUGGGCAGGUAUUCGACCACUUGUUCGUGACCCAAAUUCUUCUGAUACACAAUCGAUUGCACGUAAUCAUAUUAUUGAUGUUUCGCCGUCUAAAUUAAUAACAAUUGCUGGUGGUAAAUGGACAACUUACAGAAGUAUGGCAGAAGAGACUGUAGAUAAAGCGAUAAAGGUAUGUGAUCUUAAACCAACUGGUCCAUGUCGUACCAAAGGUCUUCUUUUAGAGGGUGCUCAUGGUUGGUCACCAAAUCUAUUUAUACAAAUUGUUCAAGAAUAUGGUAUGGAUGUUGAUGUGGCACGUCAUUUAACUGGGAUUUAUGGUGAUAAAGCUAUCACUAUAGCUAAUAUGUCCCAACUAACUGGUUUAAGAUGGCCAAUAUUAGGUAAAAAAUUGCAUCCUGAAUUUCCUUUUAUUGAGGCUGAAGUGGAAUAUGCAUGCCGAGAAUAUGCUUGUCAUGUUGUUGAUUUUCUUGCUCGCCGUACUCGUUUAGCAUUUUUGAAUGUACGAGCGGCGGAGGAAGCUUUACCAAGAAUUGUUGAUUUAAUGGGUGAACAUUUAAAAUGGAGUAGUGAAAGAAAAAAGCAAGAAAUGAGAGAGGCAGAGAACUUCUUAAAAUCUGAAAUGGGUCUUGGUCUGCGUGUUAUGGAAGGUGUUCGUAUGGAUUUGACUAUUGAUGAAAUUAGUCAUCUUUUACAAAGUUUCCGUAAACUUGAUCAUGACACGAAAGGAUAUGUUUCAUUGGAUGAUUUACGCAAAUUUUGUACUGAAUCUGGUGAAUAUGUUAGUGAAGAAGUACUACAGUCUACUUUGAAUACAAUGGAUAUUAAUAAGAAUGGACAAGUCGACAUGUCAGAAUUUUUACAAUUUAUGAGUGCAAUAAAAUCUGGCGUUGUUGUCAACUCACCUUUAAAGAAAGUAUUAAGUCGUACUCGAAUUCCUGUUUAUAGAAGUGGUGGUGGUGUUUGAAAGAAAAACUAUUAUUCUAUUUAGAAACUUUCGCAAUGAUAAUAGCAUUAAUGAGGAUAAGUGUCCCUUAUCUCUACCUUUUUUAAAGUUAACUUAUUUCGUUCUGAGUUUUGUUCACUCUUAGUGUUAUGUGUCUACAUGUGGUUGCCGAUUGUGCUUCUUUGAAGAUGUUGAUGAAUCGACUACAAGAAUGGUGCUAUUAUCAUUAGUGUUAUUCACCAGUUUAAUAAUAUCACAGAUUUGUAGUUAGACUGUCUUUUUUUCAUUUUUUUAAAAUUACUCUUAUCUAGAUAAGUUGAAAUUGCUGUAAGAUGUGUGCAUGUAUGAUUGACUUACCAAUUUUAGUAAUUGUGCAUUUUUAAAGUUAUAGAUAAGAAAAACGUACUUGUUUUUUGGCUUUAUUUUAGUUAUCUUGUCAUUAUUCAAUAGAAUACAAAAGUAUUCUUCAUUCAACACUUGGAAAACUGUUUUCUAUCUCAUAAUUGUAUUUUUCAUGGUUAUUAUCAUUAACUUUAGCUAUAUAUCACUUCCAAAACAGAAUCAUUUGUCCAUCUACUACUGUCUAUCACAGCAACUAUUAGAAAUUUUCACUUUAAUAUUUUUCCUUGUUAAGAAGUAUGUUCAAUGUGUAUCGAUUUAGUUCACGAGUUUACUUUCUUCUGGUUAAUUUCUGAUUAUAUAUUGCAUUCUUUUUGUCAACCAUGUUCAGGAUUGUUUAAAAAUGUUUGCUUGGGUAUCCAUGCCUUGUGAUAAAGUCAAUACAUUUAUACAACUCUAG